AUGUAUCUAUUUGUUCAGACUUUCAGCAGGCCUGCAACUUCUUUAGGCCCCUUUGUUCUUCCUAUCACUUUCCUCUAUGCGAUCAUUGUGCUGGUGUUGUGUCCUUUUGCUGUCUCUAGUCUUAAAGAAUGCACCAACACUAUUACCCAAUCUCAUACCAUGCGUGCCCAAUUAUUAACAUCUAAAAACCAGACAUGGAAGGCAGAGGUUAUGUCACAUUAUCAUCUUACUCCAACAGAUGACUCUGUCUGGCAAACUUUGCUACCUAGAAAGUUAUUGAUUGAAGAAAAAGAUGAGCAUGAUUGGGCAAUGAUGUAUAGACAAAUUAAGAAUAAGGGUCAAUGGAACGCACCUCAAGGUCUUCUUAAAGAGGUGUCACUACAUGAUGUGAGAUUGCUUCCGGGAUCAAUCCAUGCUCGAGCACAGCUCACAAAUUUGGAGUAUCUUUUACUAUUAGAUGUUGAUAGCAUGUUGUGGAACUUCAGAAAAACAGCUGGUUUGCCCACUCUUGGAAAUCCUUAUGGAGGUUGGGAAAGCCCCGAAUUGGAGCUUCGAGGCCAUUUUGUUGGGCACUACUUGAGUGCAUCGGCUCGAAUGUGGGCUAGCACACAUAAUGAUACUCUGAAAGAGAAAAUGUCAGCUCUUGUUGUUGGUCUUUCAGCUUGUCAGCAAAAAUUUGGUACAGGAUAUCUUUCCGCAUUUCCAUCUGAAUUCUUUGAUCGUUUUGAAGAACUUCAGUAUGUGUGGGCUCCCUAUUACACUAUUCACAAGAUUAUGGCUGGCUUGUUAGACCAACACACUAUAGCUGGAGACCCUCAAGCUCUAAAAAUGCUAAUAUGGAUGGUUGAGUACUUUUACAACCGUGUGCAGAAUGUAAUCACAAAGUACACUAUAAACAGACAUUAUCAAUCAUUGAACGAGGAAGUUGGAGGAAUGAAUGAUAUCCUUUACAAUUUAUAUAGCAUAACGAGAGAUCCAAAGCAUCUAUUGUUGGCUCACCUUUUUGAUAAGCCAUGCUUUUUAGGACUGCUUGCUGUCCAGGCUGAUGACAUUGCAAACUUGCAUGCUAAUACACAUAUACCAAUUGUUGUUGGAUCUCAAAUACGAUAUGAAGUCACCGGUGAUCCACUUUAUAAGGAAAUUGGAACAUUCUUCAUGGACCUCAUUAACUCGUCUCACAGUUAUGCAACUGGAGGGACUUCAGUUUCAGAGUGGUGGAAUGAUCCAAAAAGAAUAGCAGAUAACAUCCUGAAAACAGUAGAAACUGAAGAAUCAUGCUCAACUUAUAACAUGUUGAAGGUUUCAAGGUACUUAUUUAGAUGGACCAAGGAAGUAACAUAUGCAGAUUAUUAUGAACGCGCCUUAACAAAUGGUGUGCUAAGUAUUCAAAGAGGCACGGAUCCUGGAGUGAUGAUUUAUAUGCUCCCUCUUGGCCCUGGGGUUUCAAAGGCUAAAACUGGACAUAGUUGGGGAACAAAAUUUGACUCUUUUUGGUGUUGUUAUGGAACUGGUAUUGAAUCAUUUUCAAAGUUAGGGGAUUCAAUUUAUUUUGAACAAGAAGGAAACCCAACUCUUUACAUAAUCCAAUACAUAUCAAGCUCUUUCAAUUGGAAGUCUGGGGGUCUCAUGCUUAAUCAGACUGUGGCUCCUACUACUUCAUGGGAUCCUUACUUAAGAGUCACUAUCACAUUCUCUCCUGCAAUGGGAAUUGGAUCUUCCUCUACGUUGAAUUUAAGAAUACCAACAUGGACACAUUUAGACAAUGCCAAAGCUUUAUUAAAUGAUCAGACUUUAUCUCUACCUUCUCCUGGAAACUUUUUGUCAAUCACAAGAAAAUGGAGUGCCAAUGACAAGCUAACCCUUCAAUUUCCUGUUACUAUUAGAACAGAAGCUAUAAAAGAUGACAGACCAGAAUAUGCUUCUGUUCAAGCAAUCCUUUAUGGUCCUUAUCUUCUUGUUGGCCAUACCUCUGGUGAUUGGGAUAUUAAAAUUGGGUCAAAUACAUCUAUUGCUAACUGGAUUACUCCAAUCCUUACGAGUUACAAUAGUCAACUGGCAACUUUUUCCCAAGUCAUUUCAAGCUCAACUUUUGCUCUAACAAACUCAAAUCAAUCUCUCAUAAUGCAAAAUUUACCUGGACCUGGCAACGAAUCAACCCCUCACGUGACGUUUAGACUUAUUCCAAGUGAACUAAUCUCACAAUUUUCAACAGUGAGAGAUGCUAUUGGUAAAUCAAUAAUGUUGGAGCCAUAUGAUCUCCCUGGAAAGCUCUUGAUGCACCAAGGAGUAGAAAAUAGUCUUGUGAUUACAGAUUCUUCUAAUGGUGGGGUCUCAAGUGUUUUCAAUAUGGUAGCAGGAUUAGACGGACAAAAUGAAACUAUAUCCUUAGAAGCCAAAAGCAAUAAAGGUUGUUUCAUGUGCAGUACUGAUUCUGGUGCAAGCGUCAAGCUAAGAUGCAAGUCUGGUUCAGAUGUUAACUUCAAUCGAGCCGCAAGCUUUAUACUUACAGAAGGAUUAAGCCAGUAUGAUCCCAUCAGUUUUGUGGCUAAAGGGGAAAAGAGGAAUUUUGUCUUGGAGCCGUUAUACUCCUUCAGAGAUGAAACUUAUACAGUUUAUUUUAACAUUCAAAAUUGAUAUAGGUUUUAUUUUUCCUCCUCUCAAGAGAUAGGGAGAUGAUUAGAAAUUGGAUAUGGUUAUAUUCCAUGAAGAGGGGGAUUGAAAUAUCUCAAAUGAUAUGAAUUAUGAUGAUACAAUGUAAAGAAUAAUUAAAUGAAUUAAUGAAUAUAUGGGGAAAAUUGAUCUAAUAAUCCCUAUAAUUUGUAUCAUAUUUAAUUUGUUCUGAAAGUUAGAAUUUUUGAAGACAUCUUUGUAUUGUUCAUCCUCUAUAGGCUUGUGGAUUAAUAUUAAGAAAAAAAUUGCCAAAGUUACCUCUGGUUUUCUAAUACCAAAACAGGGUUUUGAUUAAUCAAUGAUUU